GGCCUGAUAAUAGAAGGUAAGAGUAAUUUGGGUUUAUUAAUUUCCGUGUAACUACAUUAUGCACGAUUUCCCAAGGAGGUAGGUACUUUAUGACGUCAUUCGCACAGGUGCCAGGCGGGGAUGUACACGGAUGCUACUGAUAGCCAAGGACCCCCGAUGUAGGUUAAAAUAAAGUAGGUUAUUGCACUACCGGGUUAUUUUUAGUCGGCCAGUCGAAGUUAAACUGUCGAACUGUGUACACGUCUACAUGAACUUACAGAAUAGGAAGCAAAAUGUUGGUCACAUGUAACAGAGUGGUCUAUUGCAGAAUUCUAGUGAGUUGCAAGCGAGGCUCAUGGCUGUAACGAUGGAGCUUGAGGAGAGCGCGUCAGACUCGAAGUUACAUCGAGAUAGCACGGGGAAGAGGGAGCUGCGGCCGUCGAGUGCUGUCUCGUUCUCCAAAUCCGAACAUGGCCCAGAAUCUUCUUCAUCGAGCGAACAAUUAAAGCAAUACAAAAGUUGGGUGAGCAGCGAACGAUGGAAUGAGCUGAAAAAGAUCGCUGAUAGCGCCAUGAGGGAUCAUAAAGUGUUUAUGAUAAAAGGAGGAGGAUUUCCAGCGGUGCGCCGAGCACUCCUCGAGAGAGGGUGGAUUGAGAAAUAUGAGUCCCAUAAGGUCCGCCAUCCUCCAACGAACGUGGAUCCCAAAAAAUUGCAUGGCAAAGAACUCUCCAAAGUUGAAAGAAUGAUUUUAUAUAAAUUCAUGGAACACCAUUCUGUGGACUUUCUCUGGACUACCAAGAGAGACAAGUAUGAUUGGUUGCUUAGUAACAAGGAUGUCAUAAUAAGCAGGUUUUGCAGAUCGAUUUUCACAACAAAAGAAGGCCUAACUACAUCUUUGACACAAAUGCACUGGCACACCGAACCGGGAGUGGCGUUAACUAAGUUCCCACGCUGUUACAACAUCCACAACUCCGACAGCCUCGAGGAAUUUAUCGACGAUUUUAGAAUAACAGCCUGCAUCAGUGUCCUUAAAUGGCUAUCAAAUGCAUUACAAGCGAGCAACGAGCAAGAUCUAGUUACGGCUAACGGAAAAGUUCCAUUCACUGCAAUAGAAUUUGCCAUCAGUAGAUUGAACGAGUAUAUCGUGUUCCUCACUCAUAAGGACAUCGAUGAUACAGAAGACCAAGCGCAUGUCUGGGAACAUGAAUGGGAUCAGUUCUUGACGCACCACUAUCUCUUGGUCCACGAGAAAGCCAAGUUUAUGGAAGACAAAAGUUUCAACAUUCGGCAAUUGGAAAGGAAGGGUUUGAAGAUUUUAGCUACAAUGACGAAGUACUGGCCUCAAAUAGACAUCGAUGGCGUACUAAACAUAUGGAUCGUGAAGCCUGGAAACAAGUGCCGCGGCCGGGGCAUUCAGCUCAUGAAUAACAUCAAAGACAUAAUAGGCCUUAUAAACAUACCCGCUCAGAAAACUAGAUACGUCGUACAGAAAUAUAUUGAAAAUCCUCUCGUGAUCUACAACACUAAAUUCGAUAUACGCCAGUGGUUUCUUAUUACGAAUUGUCAGCCAUUAACCAUUUGGGUGUACAAGGACAGUUACCUAAGAUUUAGCUCACAAAUAUUCAGUUUGUCGAACUACCACGAGUCCGUACAUCUCACGAACAAUGCCGUGCAGACGAAAUAUAAGAACGUGAGUGAGCGCGACAAAGCUUUACCAGAUGAGAACAUGUGGGACUGUCAUACUUUUAAAGCCUAUCUCAGACAGAUAGGAAAAUAUGAACUCUGGGAGGAGAAAAUAUAUCCUGGGAUUAAACAAUGCUUGAUUGGCGCCAUGUUAGCAUCCCAGGAGAGCAUGGAUAAAAGACAAAAUAGCUUCGAACUAUAUGGAGCUGAUUUUAUGCUGACUGAAGAUUUCACACCAUGGCUUAUUGAGAUCAACUCUAGUCCAGAUCUAGCGCCCACUACAUCAGUUACUGCUCGAUUAUGUCCUCAAUGUCUAGAGGACGUUAUAAAAGUUGUUCUGGACCGGCGCUACAAUCUGGAAGCAGACACUGGAACUUUUGAAUUAGCUUACAAACAAACCAUACCAAAGGCUCCGGCGUAUCUGGGUUUAUCCUUGUGUAUUAACGGCAAGCGGGUUGUAAGGAAGUUGAAAGAGCGUAAACAUGAGCCAAAAAUUAUAGUUAAUCCAUCACCACUCCGCGUACCCUCUGGAGACGCUAUCAUCGCAGAUCAAGACCAGCCGGUCCCAGCUGAGUACAGCGGUCCAAUCAUAACAGACUUCCUCACUUGGUUGAACCCGUACGACGCUUUACCGACAAAUAGAGACGGAAUUGUAUUAGGGCCCAAAGAAUCCCUCACGGUACGCCAGGCUAUUACUGUUGUCAAAUCCAGCAUCUCGCUAAAGAGCGGACCGAAAAAGCGUAAAUCGUCACUUUCUUUUAGGACCCAUCGAGGAAGACGAGAAAGAAAUACGGACUGUAAACGACGAAUCGUGCCUCAUUCGUGCUGUCGACCAGAUGAAGGUCAAUUCGCUAAUCAGACUGGUAAAUACCGGACUGAAUCAGCGAGCAAAGCCGAGAAGACCAAGGUUGACAGGUCGGUCGGUAAUAAACGCUGUUAUAUAGAUCCUAUUGAGUGGGAACGGGAAACUGCUAGUAUUCUCCGGUCCACAAUAUCAGUACAGAAUAAAGUAGUUAGCAGACCCGAACCUACCGGACCAGCGCGCACCGCUAAAUCCAGCCAAGUAGUUAGUUCAAAUCGAAAAUCGCUAGAUCCUAUUAACCGUCGAAAAAGCCUGGAUGAUUCCAAUCCAAUUAAAAAUCUUAGCGCGAUAGGCACAAGUAUCUGUAAAUUACAGGGUGAUGACAGGAACAAAAACAAAUCUAUAUCAUUCUCAAAGAGUUGCACCUCGAUAUAUGCACCUUACAGGGUAGUUGCUUCGCCCCUAAAUGACGAAUCUUCUAACUCUUUCUUGAAAAGAAAGAAAUAGUUUAUUAAAAUGUGUUCAAAUAUGAAUUCAUAAUAUUCACGUUCGAAAUUGUUCAAAGUUUGAUAUUUGCUAAUUGAUUAUGUAGUUUAUAAAAGACUUAUAAGACUCUGGAAUGUUAUGUCGAAUUUUCACAUUUGAAAUUGUUAUGAUAAUAUUAUUUUUCCCUAUCGACUGUUGGCAUGUUCAAAUUCUAUAAAUAUAAAAUAAAA